GUUCUCACGUUCCGGAUAAAGUCCUUUGUUUGUGUGGUCGGUGCCCCCGAAAGUAACGAUCAAACAAGUCGCAAUUUCAUUGAUUUUGGCCGGUGUUCCCUAACCUAGCGAUCGUGUCCUGUGAUUACUGGACGCGUUUAAUUGAAAAGUGAUUCAGUGAUUGCAGAUAAUUCUUAUCAAAUUGUAUUCAGAACGCCUCAUUUUGCAUUUUGGUGACUCACGCCCGGUGAUUUUGUGCAUAAAAACCAUCGGGUGAUCGUCACGCGUCAUAAGCACAGUACGCGAUCAAAAUGACAUGAGUAAUUCGAGGGUGUUGUCUGUUUUCCUUUUAAAAUCCGAAUUAAAAGCGUUCCGUGAUUGAAACUCACUCCAAACGUGCCGUUAAAACCAUGUUCAUUUAAUAUUCAGUGGAAUUCGUUUAGUUCAAGUCGUAAAAAAUGUCAAAUUUGUACCGGACCGUGCUGGACUCGUUUUGGAGUGAGUACAUUUGGCUGCCCCCGAACACCACCUGGAAGGACAUCGCCCCCGACGCGAGUUCAGAGAUCCAACAUGCGGACUACCGGCACCUCCUGUACCCCCUGCCGAUGGCCCUGGUCAUGCUCUUCCUGCGCUACGUCCUGGAGAAGUACUGGUUCGCCCCCGUGGGGGUGUCCCUCGGCAUCAAAAACACCAAACCAAAGAAAGCCCCCACGAAUACAGUGCUCGAAAAGGCGUACACCCAGUCGAAAAAAUGGAAACACAAGCAGAUUCAAGGCUUGGCGAAGCAGCUCGACAUGAGCGAGAGACAGGUCGAGCGGUGGCUCCGGUUACGCAAAGGCCAGAACAAACCCUCCACUUUGACCAAGUUCUGUGAGAACUCCUGGCGGUGUCUUUACUACACGUUGAGCUUCAUCUACGGCCUCGUCGUGUUGUGGAACAAGCCGUGGUUGUGGGACAUCAACGAGUGUUGGAACGGCUUUCCGCACCAGUCGGUCACCAGCGACAUCUGGUGGUACUACAUGAUCUCGAUGUCGUUCUAUUGGUCACUUUGCGUGAGCCAGUUCUUCGACGUGAAACGUAAAGAUUUCUGGCAGAUGUUCAUCCACCACAUUGCCACAAUCGUCCUGAUGUGUCUUUCGUGGGUGGUGAACGUUUUUCGUAUCGGUAGUCUUGUCCUAGUCGUUCACGAUUGCGCCGAUAUUUUCCUCGAAGCGGCAAAAAUGGCCAAAUAUUCGGGAUACCAGAAGGUCUGCGACACGAUUUUCGGGAUUUUCACCGUACUGUGGAUCGCCUCAAGACUGGGAUUUUACCCGUUCUGGAUUAUUAAAAAUACUUCAAUCGAUGCGCCGAAGAUAGUACCGAUGUUCCCGGCUUAUUACAUAUUUAAUAGUCUAUUGUGUCUUCUCCUAGUUUUACAUAUUUUCUGGACGUAUUUGAUAUUAAAAAUCGUCGCCAAUUCCCUCAAUGCUGGCAAAAUGGAGGGAGAUAUCAGGUCGAGCAGCGACGACUACAGUGAAGAUUCGAAAUCGCAGUGAUUUCAAACAGUUCUAUUGGCUUUAAUUGAUUGUGUGAGCCAAUCCAGUUCGUUUUUUCAUCCUACUCUAUAUAGAACCGUACAAAAUGUUAUUUUGUACUUAUUUAUAAAAAAUAUAAGAAUUCAAUCGCAAUCUGAACUUUUGGUAUGCGAAAUACCAGUGCAUUUUUAGUUACAUUUAUUUAUAAAUGGAGUCCAAAGGUUUAACCAAAAUUAAAUUUUUUGAUGAAAAA